AUGAGCAAACCAGCGGGUGGCUGUGGUGGCAGCGUCCCGGUGCCGGGCGAUUGUCCCAAAAAGCUACUUUUUCUGGGUCCACGACAACUUGCAGUUGUUCCGGAUGGGUCGCUGAGUCGCCCUCUGGAGCCAGACGAGGUUCGCGUCAGAGCGUUGUGCUCGGGCGUCAGCGCGGGCACGGAACUCUUGUUGUACAGGGGUCAGAUUGUGGCGGACGAUGCGCUGGACGCGACCAUAGCGGCGUACAAAGACCCAGAUGCGGGACGGCGGGAGCAUCGUAGCUUGUACCCAACGACGUUUGGCUACUGCCUCUGGGGAGAGGUGGUCGCUGUUGGGUCUGGGUUGGACCGCGAGCGCUGGGUCGGUAGCGUUGUUUUUCUCCUCGCUGGGCACGCCGAGGAGCACAUUGUGAAAGCCAGUGACGUCCUUUUUUUCGCAGACGACUGGAACGGGGCCACUCGGGAGCUAGUGCUCGCUGUUCCCCAGCUGAUUCCCGUCAGCGAGACGGUGACGUGCUGGCUACAGGACGCUGCCCCGGUGCUCGGCGACCGGGUUGCAGUGGUCGGUGCUGGACUCUACGGCUCUGUGUUGGCGGUAGGCGGAGCUCUGCUUUUCCCACUGAGCACAUGGCUCGUGGUGGAGCCAGAUGCAAAACGACGGGCGCAGCUUGCUGUUGCGCUGAAAGAAGCGUCAGUCACACGUUGCCAAACGCUGGCACCCGACCAGGUUCAGGCGUACUUAUCAUCAUCAUCGUCAUCAGAAACUCGCUUCGAUAUUGUGCUGGAGGUGUCUGGAACGACGGCGGGGCUCAAUGUUGCGCUGGAACUAGUCCGCGCCACGGGUCGAGUGAUCAUUGGCUCCUGGUAUGGGCGCAAGGCACAGGAGGUACCGGUGGAGAUGCUGGGCUCUACCCGCCUCCAUCGAAGCCACGCCCAGAUACUCUUCUCCCAGGUCAGUGAGAUACCCCCGUGGCUCGCUGGUCGUUACGAUAAGCGUCGACGAUUGACAGUGGUGCAGGAAUUUCUGACGACCUUUUCCUCUGCGUUCAAGGCUAUAGCUUGCACCGUUCGGAGCUUUGCGUUUGAGGAAGCACCUUACGUUUUUGGGCAGUUAGAUAAUGGGGCGCUAUCGGACCCAGUUCGCUUCCUGUAUGGGGAUUCUUCAAGCGCUUUUUCCUAG